AGGUACGAUUGGCUAGUCUUCAUGUGGUUCUUCUUCAUGUCGCUCUUGAACGCCGCACUUUUGAUGGUGUCAAGUGUGGGCUUGAGCAGCUGACCCUUCCGGUAGUGUUGCGCAUCAUGCGGCGGCCUGCCAGGCUCCUACGCAUCAUGGCGUUGGCAUGCGCCGGGCUUGCUUUUGCAAACCAAUGUUGCAGACAUGGCGGAAUAAAUUUCAUUCAGGCAGUGCAGCCUGUCGAACCCCUCCACGUCACUCAUGUGGUGCCCGCAUCCUCUGGAAAAUUUGGAAGCACACCCCUUUACCAAAGAGUUCCUGAAAACCAGCUGCCACCUUCAUUCGUGGCAGGUUGCUUGGUUGCAGCAUUUGCAACUACUCGGUCAAGCUGGUCGAACCAAAGAAAUAAGAAGCAACGCAUGCGAGUUGCCUGUGCAGCAAGUGGAAGUGAGGUUGGUGUCGUACUGCUUUCAGCAGGGGUUGGCAAGAGGAUGGGCGCCAGCAUCCCCAAGCAAUACAUCAAAUUGAUGGGUCUGGAGAUUGCUUUGCAUUCCUUGGACACUUUCUUGGAUUGUGAUGUCUCAGAAAUUGUCAUCGUUUGUGCGGAAGAGUGGCAACACAUCUUCAAAGACCAUUUGGAGAAACGUGGGUCGACAAAAUGCGCACUCAAAUUUACGACUGGUGGCAAGGAGAGGCAGGACUCUGUGAGGAAUGGUUUGGCCAAAAUCACUGCGCCCAUUGUUGCCAUCCAUGAUGCUGCACGGCCAUUGGUUACCAAGGAGGAGAUGGAAAAGGUGGUUGCUGAUGCUGCUGAGCACGGUGCAGCUUUACUGGCUGUUCCCACCAAGGCCACCAUCAAGCAGGCGGUUGCAGUUGAUGACAACUUUGUAGCUGCAACACCCAAGCGAAAGCUGCUCUGGGAGGCACAUACUCCCCAAGUCAUUCGCAGCGACUUGCUGCGGAAAGGCUUUGAGAAAGCUGAGAAGGAAAACCUUGAAGUCACAGAUGAUGUAUCCUUAAUAGAGCUCCUGGGUGAGAAAGUGAAGUUGACAGAAGGAGAGUACACCAACAUCAAGGUGACCACCCCUGAGGACAUUGCCGUGGCCGAGACGAUUCUCAGGGAACGAGGUUAUGUUUCACCAGAAUGAUGUAAUUUUUACUUGGUUUAACCGUUAACGUACGGCUGAUCAGACAAAAGCUCAGGUUUAAAAUCAGCCACUUCGCAAUCCAGGGAAAUUUGCAGCCAAGAAAA